AUGUCCGUUGUCGGAACACUGAAGGGCGACAUGCCGCAACAAGUCAGAUCGCUGUACCGCCAAUUAUUACGGCAGGGCGAUCAGUUUGCCGCCUACAACUUCCGCGAGUACGCCAAGCGCCGAACGAGAGAUGCUUUCCGAGAGAACAAGAACGUGCAGGAUUCGCGCCAGAUCCAGGAGUUGGUACAGAAGGGUCUCAAGGAGCUGCAGGUCUUGAAGCGGCAAACAGUCAUCAGCCAGUUCUACCAGCUGGACCGGUUAGUCGUCGAGGGCGGAAUUUCGGGCCGGGAGAGCGGCGACCACGGCGAGGUCAUGAGGCAGAAGGAGCAGGGAUGGAACUAG